UCGCGUCCAAGUGCAUAAAUACUAGCGUACGCAUAUAGGACGCGUUAUAGCCAAAUACACGCACAUCACACCAGCAAAACACCAACUACUCAACAGAAAAACCAUGGCCUUUGACGCGCUCUUCUUCGUCCUCCUCGCCCUGGCCACCAUGCAGCCGCAGACCGCAUCGUCUGAGAAGGAGACGCACCUCAAGGUGUACUGGCACGACGUGGUGAGCGGACCGGACCCGACGUCGGUUCCGGUGGCGCAAGCGGCGACGACCAACACCUCCAAGACAGCCUUCGGCAUGGUUGUGGUCAUCGACGACCCGCUCAGUGAGGGCCCCGGCCUCAACUCGUCCAGGCUCAUGGGCUGCGCCCAGGGCACGUACAUCGCCGCUGGCAAGGACCAGCUCGCGCUGCUCAUGAACAUGAACUUCGUCUUCACCGCUGGCAAGUACAACGGCAGCAGCAUCGCAAUUAUGGGUCGCAACGCUGUGUUCACUAAGGUACGCUGUAUAUACACUAGUAGGAUUAGCAUUUUGUUUCUGUUGUAAUCCUCUCAGUAGUUAGAUGGUUAGAUCGAUCCUUAUCUCAUAUAUAGCUUUUUCAUGACCAUCAAUCCAUAACCCCAACUACCGAAUCCUUGUAACCAACUCAUCUCUAUAUAAACACCCAAUGCAUGCGUCCCUGCUGGUGUGCUAGCUCCAGCAGCCAGAGAGGAAGGAGAUGGCACGCAAGGUUGCUGACAAGGAGAGCAAGCCCACUGCCGUGCCAACUGCCAAACCCGUCGUAUGAGAUCGCCAAGGCCCAGGACUCCCAGGUUCUGAGUUUUCUUUUCAAUUCCAUCUCACCUCCUAUGACGGUUCUGAUCGCCCACUACUGCACCUUGGUAUGUAGCAAAAUGGACUACAUACUGAGCAAAAUGAGUGAACCUACACUCUAAAAUAUGUCUAUAUACAUCCAUAUGUAGUACAUAUUGAAAUCUCUAAAAAUACUUAUAUUUAGGUACGGAGGAAAGUACCCUUGAAGAAGAAAUAUAAUGAAAUAAACAUUAGACACAUCAAAAGGAAAUGAAGUUCUAUAAAUAAGAAUGAAUUAGUGGCAUUGGUAUUACCCUUUAAAAAUAGAAAAUAUAAAACAAACAAUUCAAAAUUUACACACAAUUUAUAGAAAUUAUGAUUUUAUAAUAUGCCAGAACAAGCAUAUAACAUUGGAUUUUUCACAAAAAGGAAGUUUCCUAAGAAGGAAUUAAUUAAUGGCAUUGGUAUUACUAUUAAGAAAAUAAAAUAAAAUGACACAAACGCAAAAAAACCAAAAUAUUGAAGUUCUUCUAAGAAUAAAUUAGUGGCUUUGGCAUUACACUUUAAGAAGAAAGGAAACGAAAUAGAAACUAAAAAUCAUAAUAAUGAAGUUUUCCUAGAAAAAAAGAAAAUGAAACAAAAUCAAAAUAAUGAAAUAUUUCUAAGAAAUAAUGAAACACACACUAAAACAAAAUCAUAAAAAUGAAGUUUUCUGAGAAACAAAUAAUUAGUGGUAUUGCUAUUACCCUUUAGGAAAACAGAAAAUAUUAAACAAAUAAUGACAAAAGUUGCACCCAAUUUUCAUAAAAAUUCCACUUUUUCAUAAUAUGCAAGAAUAAUCAUAUAAUAGUGAAAAUUUUCAAAAAAAAAUCCUAAAAAGGAAUGAAUUAGCGGCAUUGUAAUUACCCCCAAAAAAUAAAUAAAUUAUAAAUAAAUUAAAAAGUAAAAAUAAUGAAAUUUUCUAAUAAAAAAUAGUGGUAUUGGUAUUACCCUUUAAGAGGAAAUAAAAUAAAAAUAAUAAAACAGACAACAAUUAAAUUUGCACACAAUAUUCAUGAAAAUCUACUUUUUCUAAAAUAUGCAUCAAUAAACAUAUUAUAGUGGAAUAUUAGCAAAAACAAUUCCUAAGAAGGAAUGAAUUAGUGGAAUUAGCUUUACCCUCGAAGAAGAUAGAAAAUUAAAUAAUAAGUAAAAAAUUCAAAAUAUGGAACAAGGAAUUAGUAGCAAUAAUAUUACCUUUAAAGAAGAAAGAUAAAAAAAUUGAAAAGGCCUUGCACACAACAUCGCUCUAAGAUUGCAUUUUUUGCAGUAUGCAAACAACAAUUAUAUGAUAGUGUAAUUUUCGCACAUAGCAUAGUAUUUAUGUGUAUACAUUUACACUCAACCAAAAAAAAUACCCACAAAAGAAAAAUGAAACCCAACUAACAAAGAAAAAAAGAAAAACGAAAGAAAAAAGAAAAAAGGGAAAUAAACAUAAAAAUAAACAAGGCGAUAAAGAGGAGGGUUGGAUCUCAUAGUUAGUAGGCUUCGGCCCAGUAGAAAAUCUAUUGACCCAAAUAUGGGGUCAGUCAAAAAAGGAAAACCAGGCCAGCACAACAAGUAACACAGGAUGGAAAAAACGCAGCACGAAUCUCAGAGGAAAAUCAAUGGCUAAUAAAUUGACCGACCCGGAUUCAAAAUUCAGGCAACUUACAAGUAGCUAAACUUGAUUGAUGAAGAUGAAGAGAGAAACAAAAAAAUAAAUAAAGAGAAAAGAUGGUCCAGGAUGGGCAAUGUGUUAUGCGGCGGACUGACCAGGCACAUCCAUGAGCCCUCAUACCCUUCCUACAUUUGGUCCAAUCUAAAGGUUUGCAGAAAGGCCGGACAUUUAAGGGGGAUUUAAGGAGGCUGGUUGUAGAUGCUAUUACUCCCUCUGAUCCAAAAUAAGUGGCUCUGUUUUUUUGGGGGGAAUCUAUUACAAGUUUUCGGUCAUGUAGACUCUGUUUUUUUUCUUUAGUUUUUUUUGGGGGAAAUUUCUUUAAUUAUCGGUACUGUAUCGUUAUAGAGGUCGGAUACAUUGUUAUCACCUUGAUAUUAAUAUAAUAAUGUCACAAUUCCCAUGCGUUGCAACGAAACUAAAAUAUGAGUAAGCUCAUCGCUUAAGAGCAUAAUUUUGGGUGGAGACAUUUUUGUAUUUAGUUAUUUGUGCAUUCUUCAAAUGUUGGUCUAACAUGAACGUAGUAGUGUACUUGUUAAUUUGUUUUAGGUCCCACAUGUAAGUAAAAGUACAUUUGUUUAUUUAUGUCUAUUCGAAAGUUGUAGUCUCACAAGGUGUAUUUUUUUAUUCAUAAAGGUUGUUGGUCUCACAAGAUGUGAACUCGCACCAAUUUCAAACUUUAUAAGUAGGAAAGGUAAUUAAAAAAUUAUAUCCUUAUUGUUGCUUUGAUUUGCAUGUAAAUAGACAUUGGGAGAUAUGCAUUUCUCCGACAAGUAUUUUCAGACGAGGGGAUUACUUUCGAAAAUUAUUUAGAACCUCCCGUGCAUUUUACUCUCAAUGGAAAUAUAGCCAACCCCACCUCUCCCCUGAUCCGGCUGCAUCAACGAUGUGAUCGGACCAAGGAGUGACCAUGCCCGACAGGGAUGGCACACCAAUGCCAUGGUAGGGAUGGCCGCGCCUGAUGCCACCGAGAUGAGCAGCGGGCGGCCUGCCUCCAAGGCAGGGCGAGGGCGGCAAGUUUGGAGGGCAGAGAGGGGCAAGAAGGCAGGAGGCGGAGCUGGGCAUGGAGCCCCGCGACGACGACACAAGGAAUCCUAGCUCGCGAGAUGUGAAUUGGCAGAGAAUAUAGUGAAGCGUUCUCUUUUGUGGGAUGAGAUUAGAAAACAAACCGAUGAGAAGGAAGAAAACCGGUGCGAGGUCGAAAACAAGGAGAGGUGUGGCAAAAAUUAAGAGAUGAGAUGGAAAAAAACAGACGAAAAUAAACCGUGAAAGUGAAGCUACCAAAUCCUCUUUUAGGGGUAGAGAUAUAACCAUUAAAACACAAAUAAAAAUCUUUAGAGAAAUACUUUUAACUUUUUAAGAACAAAAUAAGAAACAAUUUUGAAAUAUAAAGACUCAUUUCCUGUUUAAUAAAAUAAAAACAAUUGUGCUAGGUCUCACUGGAAUUGAUUAUGUCUCAGUAGAUACCACAUCCAUUCAAUCUUGCAUGAAGAUCCAUGCAAAAAUUUCUUUUUAUCUUUUCUUUUUUCUUCUUAUAUACUAGUAUGUUAAUUGACUGUGACUUGGUUAAAUUUCAUUCGGUUGAGACUCGGCCACAUCUAUCCCUAAUAGUAAAGCACGGAUUGACUUCGUGGGUUCACCGUCACAAUACGUUUCUCCCCGUGAAUUUACAAUUUCAGUUUUUUCACCUAUAUUAUUUUCUACAUCCGAGGUGGUAGUAUUUCAUCCAAAAACGUUUAAUUCCAGAAUUUUAUCCGUUCACGUGUGGGCCGCUUGCCCUGUCUGCUUCGCUGUCGCUGGUCCGACUCCCUCGCUAUCAUCGGCCCGUGUUGUAAAAAAACGUUUCGCUGUUUACUCCUCUCACCCAUCUCCUUCUUUGACCCACACACGAACAAGCUAGGGUUGGAGCCGCCGCCCCUCCGGCCUGCCCGCCGGAGCUCCGUCCGCCACUCUUCUCCAUCUUCUCCC